CGUCGUCUUCGUCUUAGUCGCGGAUCCUUCGUUUCGUUCCCUUUCGAAAAAAAAAGACUUCGUUUACCAGUUUGAUAGCGCGGCGUGCCCUCUCCGGUGAGAGAAGAGCAAUCAAAACCGCGACGAAGGUCUGACACGAGCGAAGUGGGAGAUCCGUAUGCGAGCACGUAGAAGCGUGGACAGGUUACGAACGUGUAUUCGUCGUCGAAAGUGGGAGACAGAAAACAGGAGGAAGAGAAAAGAAAAAGGGGACGGAAGGAAGGAAAAAAGGAGGGAGUGAGAGGCAGUAGGCGGUAGAAUGAAGCAUCGUGGACACGAGGAGUAGGGCGACGGGCGAGCAGCAGCGAGGUAGACGGGCGGUCAGGUAGCGUUAACGUUAAAACGGCCACACGUUACGGGCGUAACGAAAAGAAACAGUCAGUCGAGUGCGACCGCGUGCACAGGAAGCUGUCGGAGAUUCGUAGACGUUUGGAUACUCGUACUCCUUCCUUUUUUCCUUCGGCACCUUUAUCAUUUCUCCUUUUGUCUGUUCCUCGUUGUUUCGCCCCUUUUUUCCUUCGCCUCUCCCAUCCGUGCGAUACUACGGGCUCGUGACGACGGAGAGGAGGAAGAAGACGCGUGUCGCCGAUGAAGGAAACUGGCGACGAACAGUCAUCAUUCUUAUUCGCGUUCGCACGCUUUUAACAGCGGCGAGUCUGUCCGCGAUACGGCAAUCGAACGAGGCACGGCCGAUCACCGUCGCCGGGAAGAUACACGGAAACUCCACGAGGAUAUAGGACGGACGUCGCUCGAUUCGCACCGAUCUCUUACACGAGCAACGUGUUUUCCCUCGUAUGGUCUGUCGGACAGGUGACAAGAAGAAAAACUGGGAUCGUGCAACGGGGAACGAGAGAUUUGUUCGAGCGUUGCUGAAGCCGGUAUAACCUCAGCGUCACAAGACGCUGCCAAGACGAAGAGAGGAAAAUAGCCGGAAAAGGGGAACCGGAACAAGAGACAGACACAUUAAACGCAGAGGCCAAGCAAGAUGACGACUAUAGUAGCGCAUCUGGUCCACGGAUACAGGGACAUAAUGGAUAAUAGAUCAGAUCCCAGGGUGAAGGAUUGGGCGAUGAUGAGCAGUCCUUUCCCGACGAUGGCGAUAUGCCUGUCUUACGCUUAUUUCAGCAAGGUUAUGGGACCGAAGAUAAUGGAAAACAAAAAGCCUUUCAACCUUCGCCAUGUCCUGAUAGUGUACAACUUUAUACAAACGAUAUUCUCCACAUGGAUCUUCUACGAGUACUUGAUGAGUGGCUGGGCGAAAGGAUACAGUUUCCGGUGCCAACCGGUCGACUACUCGAACAGCCCUAUGGCGCUCAGAAUGGCGGCCACAUGUUGGUGGUACUACAUCAGCAAGUUCACCGAAUUCUUCGAUACCCUCUUUUUCAUCAUGAGGAAGAAGAACGAGCACGUGUCCACGCUUCACGUUGUCCACCAUGGAAUAAUGCCCUUCUCGGUCUGGAUGGGGAUGAAGUUCGCGCCAGGAGGCCAUAGCACUUUCUUCGCCCUCCUGAACGCUUUCGUUCACAUAGUAAUGUACUUCUAUUACAUGGUGGCUGCGAUGGGCCCGCAAUACCAGAAGUACAUCUGGUGGAAGAAGUACCUGACUACCUUCCAAAUGGUGCAAUUUAUCAUGAUCAUGACGCAUCAGUUCCAGCUGUUGUUCACGGAGUGCGAUUACCCGCGGACCUUCAUGGUCUGGAUCGGGCUGCACGGCGUGCUCUUCCUGGGUCUGUUCUCAGACUUUUACAAAGCAAAAUACGUGGACAGAUCGAAGAAACCUAGCGCAAAGGGCACGUCGCAGAACGGCAUGCCGGGGCUCUGCAUGCCCGUCCUCGAGGAUUCGACGCCGACGCCCCGUGUGAACGGCGUCUCGUCGUACGCGACGAUCUAUAACAAGGAGUACAACAGUUGUUACAGCAACGGUACCAAUAACGGUUACGUCGCCAACAACAACACGGAGAAGAAGCUCGCUUAGAACAAGCGCUUUUCUGGUUUUUGGGAAAACAGCUCGGGACAUGGAAUCACACGUUACCAUAUUUAAAUCCAUAUUUACACGGUUCGACUCUCGCCGACGCUCCGUCAAGAGAGCACACGGUGAGCCGUGUUACAAGAAACUCUCCGACGUGAAUGAAAGAAAAAUGAAAGAAACGAACGAGUCGCUCCCAAUUGCUGCACCUUGGGGGUGUUGUGCGUUCGAAUACACGAGAGUCGUCGACGAGAGGACUAACAAAAAAAAAAUCGCACACACGUUCGAUUUUCCCGCUAAACGCUUCGAAAACUGUAUUUUAUUUUGUUAAACUGUCCACCGAGCUGCCGACGCGAACGCGUCCAAUCGUCAUGGGGGUAAUAUGUGGAGGGGGUUAUUACACGUAAGAACUAUUAACGGUAAGUAUCAUUCAUCGAGGAAAAAAAAAAACUGAGAGCUCUUUCGCGCUUCUAUCUGUUGUUGGGCUCGCGUACUUGUCGAUCGAUCGCAAAACAGAUCCGCAACGGGCUUGCGGGAACGGUUGAACAGACCGCUAGAGAGCUGCAACGACAUGGAAGAUGGGAGGAACGCGAGCGUAAAUACGAGAGCGAACACGGUAAUCAAGUUAAUAUUCGAGAAAGAUUAUUUCUUGGCCAUGGACAAGAUUAAAACGCGCACACGACUUAAUAACGAGCCGCAGGAUCCUCGUCGGAAUCGGACGGUGAUUCUGUUCCUCCCCCUUUUGGAGCACGCGCUACCACUAAACGACCGAUUAGCUAGUGUGUUCCCUUGUGCUGCGUUAAGUAUGCGUGAGCAAGAGUGUGAUCGUUUGUUAGAAGAGGUUGUAACGUGAUUUGUGAUGAGGCAUUUCUCUCGUUGGGACGCACCCGGAGAACGAUCCCCUUUCGACCAGAGCUGCGUGGAUACCUGGAAGCUUUGGUAACCACGAGAUAUUUAAGUCGAGAUUCUGGAAAUCUCUUGCCGCGCAUAGUAAGUCGCGGGGAUAUUUAUGGGGAAAUCACCGCUGGAGAUGGUUAAGUUUUGAUUUGUAUUUUCAACAGUACGUUCAACGAAUUUAUGAAAAUUCUAUCGUUUAUCAUAAAUCGAGAUUGGGUAACCUCGUGAAUCGAAAUUUUUUGACUGGAGCCUCGGAUAAGCGCGCAGCUCUGCCAUCAAUCGUAUUUCCUUAUCGUUGUCCGACUCUGUCUCUCUAUUGCCCCGAUUGUGUUCAAAGCUUUGGUGUUCGUCGUAGGAAAUAAGCGUCUGUCGAUUCGCGCGAAGGAGAAGGCCGGUCUUAUCGGUUUCCUUCCUCUCGAAGCUUGGUUCCGCUACUACUGAUUUAUCGGCUCGGCACACAGCGUAAUGUAAUCGCGGCAGCAACGACCCGAGAUGGUCAAAAUUAUCAUCCACGUGAAAAUUUCGAAUAACGAAUAACAGACAAGCGACUCUUUUAUCUGCUACUCGUCGAGCAAACAAUAGAUAAACAAAGACUUGAAUUUUUGCCCAUCUCCGGUGACAAAUUAGCUUUUUUACGGUCACGAGACGCCACGCAAUACAAUUUUGUUUCCUUGUCCGUGAAGUAUUCGCAAUUAACCGUACGUUCACCUCAUUAUGGAAUCAAGCUUCCGAAGAGCACACGAAAUUCUCUUCGACGAAGAUUAUUCUUGUUCGCCGUUUCGAGUCGGUCGAAAAUUAGUAAAAAGAAGUCGAACGCCAAUCGUUCGCGAUUAAUUCAUACGUGUACGUGUUGCUAAAACGCAUUAGAGGGAAAGAGAUUUAAAUGAAAGAAGAAAAAAAAAACGUAAGCGUUCACUCGUAGGAAAAUCGUAUAAGACCUUUCGUUGAGGUUUCGGACUUUUUGUACUCUUCCUAUUGAACGGGAAGAAUCGGAAGGAAUUUUUUUAUUUAUGACCGCAUCGAAAUAAAAUCUGAGGAAAAGAAAACACAAAAUUCGAUCCUAUGAAACAAAAAAAAUGAAAAAAAAAAACAUUCGUCGUUGUAUAUUUUUAUUACAAGGGAAAAAUCGAUCGCGAAACAAACAUGACACGUUGACUGUUCGAUGAAUGGGUGUCGAAGACGUGCUUUCGUGGUGAAAGUAUUCGUAUAUAUGAAAAAAAAAAUUUAUUAUGCCAAGUUUUAAAUAACGUAUUAGAGAAAUAUUUGAUGAAAAACGAUUUAUAUAAUAAAAGACGAAAAAAAAAACCGAGAGAAAAUAACGUCGAUAAGACUGUUAAUAUAGUCGUAAAAAGAGAGCGUACGAGUGCAAAUAAUUAUUACGCCGAGAUCCUCGAGAGACAAACUCUCAUUUCCUUCUGAUACGCUAGCUUUUAACGUUGCAUUUCUUUUAUUUUUGCAUCGCCUGAAUGGACAAGGAUACGCCCGCGUCCUUGUCGCUUGUUCCAAAGUGUACAGGAAUUGAUCGUCGAGUUAACAAUUUAGCAAAUAAUUUUAUAUCUACGAAGCAAUGAAGUCUACGCUCAAAAUGUUGUUCCCUCAUCCCUUCCGUUAAUAGCGAAACCGCACAGAUAUGUAUAUUUUCAGUUACGAGUGAAGUCUAUCGUACAUUAGUGUGUGAUCAUCAAUCGGCUAAAAUCGCUGGUCCUUCUUUUUUCGAUUUUCUUUGUUACUUGUAAAACUUUAAGUGACUAUUCCCGCCCUGGACGCAUCGCUGUUUGAGUCGAUACGACGCACGGACGUUCCGUGAACGGUUCUUUUAGUGUGGUAGAACCUCCAUUCUCCAAUCGAUAGAAUUUUCCGAAAAUGCAUAACAAAUCUUUUUAAACGUUUCUUGAUUGCGUUGGAGGUACAUUUUAUUUGAUUCUCAAGCCAUCCGAGCCCUUUUCUUCAAUGGCACCGAUGGUUCCACUGACCAUUCCAAGACACUUCCAACCUUUGGAUGACUCUGAGCUUUAUUCCUGCAGCCAACUAAUUCGUAAUGUAAAACUAAAAAGUUCUAGCAACCGAAAAAGAGAUAUUCCACGAGAAUGUGUUUGGAUAAUGGAGGUUCUAACGUGUACCAUUAGAACUCUGUUCCGCCGACGUGUUUAUAACGAUACCCUUAAGAUAGCAGACAAAGCAACUUCGCACCUGUUAAAGUCUCGCAAAAAAAAAAAAAAAAAAUUAAACUGCGUUCUGGAAAGAACAGGAAUGAAAGCAAAUGGACAAUUCUGUCGAUCCAGCUCGUGUCUGUCAAUGAGGACAAUAAAAGCCACGUCGACGUAGACACACGGUUAGUACAUUCUAGCGAAAGUUCGUAAUGUUUUAGUCAACGCGUUUGUACAAAGUUGUCGUUUUCUUAUCACAGUCGAUGAUAAUCGCCGCGCACGAGCGGACGAUCGAGCGUUUUCUCCGUGUUCCUUUUCGAUUAAAUGCGGUAUUAAAAAAAAAGAAAAAAAAAAAGGCUGCUUCUCGAUGUACAACUUUCGUAUUUUUCUAAAAACGUGCACGCGCGAGUGCUACUUUUCUGCCAAGUCGUGCACUUUUCUAAUGAAAUUUCGAUGACUAUUAGUAGAUCUAGCGACACGAUUUUUCGACGAAAUUUUCGGGGCUUCUUUGCAGAUUUGUACUGUUCGAGGCUUUGUGGUCGUACACUGCGUUCGUUGGGAGAAUAAUUUUUACCUGACAUCAGUACUUCCUUGCGUCGACGAUCCCAGAAGAAAGAAUCUAUUAGACUGUUCGAACUUUUGUUCGGUAAUCCCACCGAUUGAUGCAUUUUUACUUCCAAUUUUUUUUCAGACCUUUGAGAUCUGUUUUUCUAAGAAUCUGUACCUUCACUGGUAUCCUGAAUUUAGUGCGUGUUUGCUGAGGGUAGUCAAGUUGUAGAUAGUAAUCAUUUUCUUGAUCCCAUUGAUCUAUUCGUUGGUCUUCCAAACCAAAUAGAAUUAAAAAGCAUAAAAUCCUAUUAUUACUUCGUUCUAGAAAUGGUCGCAGCUACCAUCCAGAAACUUCGAACAGUACAAUAGCGAGGUUUCCCCGCACCGAAUCUGGAGCACCGAUUAUUGCAAUGGUCAAAGAAAGGGGUAAGAUUGACUCUCCGACGCGAGGUUGUUUCCUUAAGCCUUGAGUGCCACCUUUUAAUUUUCAUCCUUUCCUAAGCAGCGUUCGAUGAUCCGCGAUUACAAAUGCGAAAAGAACGGAUCGAGUCCCCUUCUCGAGUCGACCGAUUUCUUUCAUUUCUCCGCACGCGGCACACAGAAACGAAAACACCGAGUUCACACGAUAGUACCGUAGGAUUUAUCGAUUGAUACACCUUUCUGUAGAUGGAAAUGGAAAGAUGGCUGCACGCGUACAGGUAUACGCCGAAAGAAAAUCGACCGAUCGAUCGUCUUUCACAUUCGGAGAACUGUUUUAAAAAGCCACGGUGAAAGGUGUCGAGCCGAGGUUCGCGCGAGGCCGAGGAGACAAGAGCACACAUCGUCAUGUACCUACCUAAUGUUACGAACUCUGUAAUGAUUAUUGAUUCUCAUUAUAUUUUUGUACAUAAUUGGGGAGAAUUACAUUGAGAAUAAAGUGAAUUUAAAAGGA